AUGAAUGUGUUAUGUCUAUUUAAAUUUUAAGAAUUUGAUAGAACGCCUUAAGUGAUUCUUAAUGUUUGGUAACUGAAUAUAACCAAAGAUGAGAACUAAGUGCAAGCAUCCAGAACAAAGAUUCAAAAAUAAGGUAAGAACUUAUUAACUUUGAAAAAGCAUUUAUCCUAAAUAUUGGCUGUCAGAAAUCAGGAAUAGAGAAAUAAUAUCGAUUUAAGUGGUUUGCGAUUGAUGACUAAAAAAUCUAAGUAAUUAAUUCUUACAAAAUGACUGAAAUUAAACAAAAAAUUCUACAUAAUAACCCUAAUGCAUAGUCUUGA